GCAUGCGCAGUGGGUCUCGGCUCGGGAAGGACGCGGCGUCUCGAAGAGAGUGACGGCUCGUCAAAAUGGCGGCGUACACACUGGUUCGGAGCGGCGGGGGCAUUUUAAACGCCCUGAAAGGUUCCUUAAAGACUUUUGGUCACGCUCCCCAGAGCUGUGCCGCUUUAUCAGGCUGUAAACUUGUACACAACACACAGUGGAGGAGUUCCGGUCAGCUGUCGGUGCAGGAGAGGAUCGAGAGUAAGAGGAGAGCCGCGCUGCAGGGAGGAGGACAGGGCAGGAUCCAGGCGCAGCAUAAACGGGGGAAGCUGACUGCUCGAGAGAGGGUGGUCCUGUUGCUGGAUCCAGACUCCUUCGUGGAGUGUGACAUGUUCGUGGAGCAUCGCUGUGCUGACUUCGGAAUGCAGGCUGACCACAACAAGUAUCCAGGCGACAGUGUGGUCACAGGACAAGGACGGAUCAACGGCCGGCUCGUCUACAUCUUCAGCCAGGACUUCACCGUGUUUGGAGGAAGUUUAUCAGGAGCUCAUGCCCAGAAAAUCUGCAAAGUGAUGGACCAGGCGAUGAUGGUUGGAGCUCCAGUGAUUGGUCUGAAUGAUUCAGGCGGUGCAAGAAUCCAGGAAGGAGUCGAGUCUCUCGCAGGAUACGCCGACAUUUUCCUGAGGAAUGUGUUGGCAUCAGGUGUUGUUCCUCAGAUCUCCCUCAUCAUGGGUCCGUGUGCAGGUGGAGCUGUUUACUCUCCUGCCCUCACUGACUUCACCUUCAUGGUCAAGGACACAUCGUAUCUCUUCAUCACAGGACCUGAUGUGGUUAAAUCAGUUACUAAUGAGGACGUGACACAGGAAGAGCUGGGAGGAGCCAAAACACAUACCGCUGUGUCCGGCGUGGCUCACAAGGCGUUUGAGAAUGACGUGGAUGCGUUGCUGAACCUCAGAGAGUUCUUUAAUUUCUUGCCUCUCAGUAAUAAAGACUCUGCUCCGGUCAUGGAGUGUCACGACCCAAGUGAUCGCCUUGUUCCUGGACUCGACACACUUGUUCCCUUUGAGAGCACAAAGGCUUACGACAUGCUGGACAUCAUCCACAGUAUCGUAGAUGAACGCAACUUUUUUGAAAUCAUGCCCAACUACGCCAAGAACAUCGUAGUGGGAUUCGCCCGUAUGAACGGCCGCACCGUGGGCAUUGUGGGUAAUCAGCCCAAAGUAGCUUCAGGAUGUUUGGACAUUAACUCAUCAGUGAAGGGCGCCCGCUUCGUACGCUUCUGUGACGCCUUCAACAUUCCCAUCAUCACCUUCGUUGACGUUCCUGGAUUCCUACCAGGAACGGCGCAGGAGUACGGAGGAAUAAUCCGACACGGAGCCAAACUACUGUUCGCUUUUGCAGAAGCUACGGUUCCUAAAAUCACCAUCAUCACCAGGAAGGCGUACGGUGGUGCGUAUGAUGUGAUGAGCUCUAAACACCUGCGUGGUGAUGUUAAUUACGCCUGGCCGUCAGCCGAGGUGGCCGUGAUGGGGGCGAAGGGAGCAGUGCAGAUUAUUUUCAGAGGAAAGGAGGACCAGGCCGAGGCUGAGGCAGAGUACGUGGAGAAGUUUGCUAACCCUUUCCCUGCUGCUGUCAGAGGGUUUGUUGAUGACAUCAUCCAGCCCUCCACCACGCGCAUGAGGAUCUGCAGAGACCUGGAGGUUUUGGCGAGCAAGACACAGAGAAACCCAUGGAAGAAACACGCCAACAUCCCGUUAUAGCCCCGCCCCCUGAGCACUACACACUCCCUCAGCGCAUUAACACACACACUGUCCCUGUUCAGACAGAUCAAAGAAUAAACAUCUGAACACGCUCACUCUGCCUCGAGCUCUACGCGCACACACACACACACACACACACACACACACAUAUACAUAUAUAUAUAUAUAUAUAUAUAUAUAUAUAUAUAUAUAUAUGUGUGUGUGUAUGUAUAUAUAUAUAUAUAUAUAUAUAUACACCCACCAACUAGCAUCAAAAUGUCACUAGCUCCAACAGCAUUUACUCAUUCACAAGAUAGCUUUAUUAGCUAGGAUAUUUCAAUCAUAGCUAUCUUUAGGGAUUAGCUUGAAUGAACUGAGAUUAUUUUAAAUCUCACAGUGAUUUGUCUAAUCAUGUAGUAUGGAAUGGUUUCAGCCAAUGGGACAUCAGUGGGCGGAGCCUCAAAGUCUUUAUUUUCUGUUAAAUACUGAAACACACUAAGUCUGACUCUGUUCCUCUUUACUGACCACACAUCGAGAAAGAAUCUGAUUACUGAAUAAACUGCCAGUGGACAUGCUCUGGUCAUCACUUUCA